AUGGUGUGUGUUGUGGGGUGUCAUUGCUCUGUCAGCCCACCCUGCACUUUAAUCUGCUCUCACAUAACUGAGGGAAGGGGCCUCAGGGUCUUUUUUUCCCCAACCUCACCCUCACUGUGUUUUGCCUUCACAGACACUCAUUCUCUUUCCUAUAAUUUCACCAUCAAUCCGCAGCCCAGAGAUGAUCAGCCAUGGUGUGAGGUUCAAGGAGAAGUUGAUCAAAAGGUCUUUCUCUCCUAUGACUGUGGUACAGCUAAGAUCAAGUACAUGAGUCCACUGGGAGAGGAAGUGAAAAGUAUGAAUGCCUGGGAAGCGCAGACUGUCACACUCAGAGACACUGGAGACUUGCUCCAGGGGCAGAUGCCUGACGGUACACCGGAGAAUCACACAGACAAGGGCCCUCUGACCCUGCAGGCCAGGAUGACAUGCUGGCGUGAAGACAAUGGACACACCAGUGCAUCCUGGGAGUUUGGCUUCAAUGGACAACUGUGCCUCCUCUUUGAUUCGGAGAAUGGACACUGCACAGUGGUUCAUCCUGGAGGGAGGCGGAUGAAAGAGAAAUGGGAGAACGACAGGGCUGUGACGGACUUCUUCAGGACGGUCUCCAUGGGAGCCUGUCAGGCCUGGCUUCAGGCUUUCUUAGUGCGCUGGGUGAAAAUGCUGAAGACCUCGGGUAAGUGAGAAGAGUAGGAGAAAGUGGUCGUCCUCUCAUGGUGACAUGGACCCACUCCCGUG